UUUCAGAUCUGAUGGAUUCAGAAUUGGAUGAGGUUGAGAUUAUUUUUUGCGCAAAAACUGGCAUCCGGUGAGCCGAUCACUCGUCGACGAGCUUUUCGAACGCUACGUGAUUGGAUUCGAACUGAAUCGGCCAAGCAAGAAUUUGAUGAUAAAGCAAUGCUACAUUUGACGAAAGGAUUGCAUUACGUGAUGUGGAUGCAAGACAAGAUGUUAUGGCAAGAGCAACUUGCUGAUAAUAUUGCUUCAUUGAUUAAUUUGUUUGGAAAAGAAGAAGAAUCUGUUUUGUACAUAAAAUGCAUGUUAAUAACCAUUUCUAAUGAAUGGUCACGAAUCGAUCGUUGGAGGAUGGACAAGUUUCUUAUGUUGAUACGCCGGCUUGUUCGUGCUCUUUUCAUGCGCUUACAUUCGAAGGAUUGGAAGAGAGCAAUCACUGAUAUGUAUAUCAAUGCUUUCAAAGACUGCGUUAUUUCAAGCGACAAAUCAUUUUCGGAAGGAUUGAAAUUUCAUUUCGCAUCCAUUUAUCUCGAUGAAUUGGAUGGUGCCGGUGGUUUGAGACCAGAUCAGGUAACAGAACUAUUGAAACCAUACGCUGAACUUCUUGCUGAUGGGACAGUAUCGAAUUAUCUUUUUGAUUCCGUUAUACAGGAAAUAUUCCUGUCAAUUUUGCAUCAGUAUGCAGAGGAAAAGGUGGAGAAGAAUGAAACAAAUGAACCAACAGCGGAAAGUGCUAGUGAUCAAGGAAUUAAGUUUGAUUAUGCAGAAAUAAGCAAAUUAUUGCUUGAUGUUGGGAAGAAACCUGACGUAAAAAGUGCUCGUAGGAAGCGGUUGUAUGCUGUAUCAAAAAAGUUCAAAGCAGCCGAAAAUGGUCAAGUUCCUUUCGUUAUGGUUACGAAAGCACAAACUCGAUUGAAGGCAAAAGUGCCGAAAUCUGAAAUAAUAAGCGCUGUCUCACGACUUAUGAAUGAAGUGGCCGAAGACAGAUUAAUGAAAAAGCAGGCGAAAUUAGUUUCGAAAACUAGAACACCGCUGAGGGAAACUUCUCAAUCCGGGAAAGUUGUUAAAAGUAAGAAAACAAAGAAAGUCGCUAGAAAAGUGCAACAACGAAGUGUGAUGAUUCGUAAAAAGCGUAAGAGCAUAAAGAAAUGAAGCUGUGAAAUAUUAAACACUUGUUGAUGAAAUGUUUGUUAUAUUGGCGUAAUUCAAUGAUAGUAUGAUUUUUCCAGUGUUGAUUUCAAGUGGAAAGUCUGAUAAAAGAGUAGUUUAAGCCCAGCAGCAGUAGUUAAAAAGUAAUUUAUGGUAGUUAUCAUACGUAGG